ACUGAAUAAAAAACGAUACUGAUUCUGAAAAACACAUACGUUAUUAAAAUGUACUUUUGCUCCACAGAAGACGUAAAGAAGGAUCCUGAAGUGGAGAUCAGGAGGUCUUUCAUGAAAUCAUCAGCACCAGUAAGUGAUGCUGUGCUGGAGUGUGUUGUGGGUGAUCUUUCUCCUGGCGAGGUCUGCAUCACUUUCCAGGCUAAUAAUGUUGAUAUCUCAGAUCUCGAUUGUGUGGAUUCAGCCCCUUCUAAUAACAGUUGGUCCUUGAUUAGAAAUUUUACAAUACCCAGUUCAAAUCAGACGACAGAAAAUAACUUUACCUGUAAAGUUCAUAGUGCCUUUAAAGAAUGGACAUCAAAACCUACUGGACACAUUUUUGAUAAUGCUUCCUCGGAGCUUGUUGUUGGUCCUAAAGUGGUUCAGUCUAGUUCAGAGUACCAAAAGCUGCUGUGCUCUGCUACAGGGUUUUAUCCCAAGAUAGAGUGGCUUCCACAAUCUAGUGUAAAAGCUAGCAACUCAACCAUCACCCUGAUGCAAGAUGGCCACGUGAAAGUGUACAGUGAGAUAUUAGUGCCCCAGGAUGAGUGGAAUAAAGGAGUCAAUUUCACCUGCCUAGUUACAGAUGGGACCAAUAAAGAAACUGUUGAGAAAAACACCAGUAUUUGUUCAGCUCCAGACAUCACUAUAGUGUCAUGGUUGGUAGAUGGUCAAAGUGAACCAACCACCACACCACACAAAGAUCUCUCCAAUAACACUGUGAGCUACUUGACUGUGAGCACAAAGGAUUGGUUGAAGAAAACCAUUGUUUGUAUUGCUCAACAUCCUUGUUUCUCAAACGAGAGUCGUGAAAAUCAGGCUGAAGACGUAAAGAAGGAUCCUGAAGUGGAGAUCAGGAGGUCUUUCAUGAAAUCAUCAGCACCAGUAAGUGAUGCUGUGCUGGAGUGUGUUGUGGGUGAUCUUUCUCCUGGCGAGGUCUGCAUCACUUUCCAGGCUAAUAAUGUUGAUAUCUCAGAUCUCGAUUGUGUGGAUUCAGCCCCUUCUAAUAACAGUUGGUCCUUGAUUAGAAAUUUUACAAUACCCAGUUCAAAUCAGACGACAGAAAAUAACUUUACCUGUAAAGUUCAUCGUGCCUUUAAAGAAUGGACAUCAAAACCUACUGGACACAUUUUUGAUAAUGCUUCCUCAGAGCUUGUUGUUGGUCCUAAAGUGGUUCAGUCUAGUUCAGAGUACCAGAAGCUGCUGUGCUCUGCUACAGGGUUUUAUCCCAAGAUACAGUGGCUUCCACAAUCUAGUGUAAAAGCUAGCAACUCAACCGUCACCCUGAUGCAAGAUGGCCACGUGAAAGUGUACAGUGAGAUAUUAGUGCCCCAGGAUGAGUGGAAUAAAGGAGUCAAUUACACCUGCCUAGUUACAGAUGGGACCAAUAAAGAAACUGUUGAGAAAAACACCAGUAUUUGUUCAGCUCCAGACAUCACUAUAGUGUCAUGGUUGGUAGAUGGUCAAAGUGAACCAACCACCACACCACACAAAGAUCUCUCCAAUAACACUGUGAGCUACUUGACUGUGAGCACAAAGGAUUGGUUAAAGAAAACCAUUGUUUGUUUUGCUCAACAUCCUUGUUUCUCAAACGAGAGUCGUGAAAAUCAGGCUGAAGACGUAAAGAAGGAUCCUGAAGUGGAGAUCAGGAGGUCUUUCAUGAAAUCAUCAGCACCAGUAAGUGAUGCUGUGCUGGAGUGUGUUGUGGGUGAUCUUUCUCCUGGCGAGGUCUGCAUCACUUUCCAGGCUAAUAAUGUUGAUAUCUCAGAUCUCGAUUGUGUGGAUUCAGCCCCUUCUAAUAACAGUUGGUCCUUGAUUAGAAAUUUUACAAUACCCAGUUCAAAUCAGACGACAGAAAAUAACUUUACCUGUAAAGUUCAUCGUGCCUUUAAAGAAUGGACAUCAAAACCUACUGGACACAUUUUUGAUAAUGCUUCCUCAGAGCUUGUUGUUGGUCCUAAAGUGGUUCAGUCUAGUUCAGAGUACCAGAAGCUGCUGUGCUCUGCUACAGGGUUUUAUCCCAAGAUACAGUGGCUUCCACAAUCUAGUGUAAAAGCUAGCAACUCAACCGUCACCCUGAUGCAAGAUGGCCACGUGAAAGUGUACAGUGAGAUAUUAGUGCCCCAGGAUGAGUGGAAUAAAGGAGUCAAUUACACCUGCCUAGUUACAGAUGGGACCAAUAAAGAAACUGUUGAGAAAAACACCAGUAUUUGUUCAGCUCCAGAGUACACUGUAGUGUCAUGGUUGGUAGAUGGUCAAAGUGAACCAACCACCACACCACACAAAGAUCUCUCCAAUAACACUGUGAGCUACUUGACUGUGAGCACAAAGGAUUGGUUAAAGAAAACCAUUGUUUGUUUUGCUCAACAUCCUUGUUUCUCAAACGAGAGUCAUGAAAAUCAGGCUGAAAACGUAAAGAAGGAUCCUGAAGUGGAGAUCAGGAGGUCUUUCAUGAAAUCAUCAGCACCAGUAGGUGGUGCUGUGCUGGAGUGUGUUGUGGGUGAUCUUUCUCCUGGUGAGGUCUGCAUCACUUUCCAGGCUAAUAAUGUUGAUAUCUCAGAUCUCGAUUGUGUGGAUUCAGCCCCUUCUAAUAACAGUUGGUCCUUGAUUAGAAAUUUUACAAUACCCAGUUCAAAUCAGACGACAGAAAAUAACUUUACCUGUAAAGUUCAUAGUGCCUUUAAAGAAUGGACAUCAAAACCUACUGGACACAUUUUUGAUAAUGCUUCCUCAGAGCUUGUUGUUGGUCCUAAAGUGGUUCAGUCUAGUUCAGAGUACCAGAAGCUGCUGUGCUCUGCUACAGGGUUUUAUCCCAAGAUACAGUGGCUUCCACAAUCUAGUGUAAAAGCUAGCAACUCAACCGUCACCCUGAUGCAAGAUGGCCACGUGAAAGUGUACAGUGAGAUAUUAGUGCCCCAGGAUGAGUGGAAUAAAGGAGUCAAUUACACCUGCCUAGUUACAGAUGGGACCAAUAGAGAACCUGUUGAGAAAAACACCAGUAUUUGUUCAGUCAUUGCACCAUCCAGUCAGCAGGCAGACGUCUUCUUGCUGGGUCCUCCCCUCAGUUUUGCAAGCUCUGACUUAAAUUUGACCUGUAUAGUUAUUGGUCAGAAUGUUGAGUAUUUCAUCUUUCAGUGGAAAGUGAAUGGAAAUAAUAGUGAUGGUAUUGAUCAAGCUCCAGUACAGCAUCUUAACGGGACUCAAAGCAAAGUAAAUCUAUUGAAAGUUUCAGUUAAUACAUGGAAUUCACAUGCCCUCAUCACCUGCGAGGUCAAGCAUUUGUGCUCCGUAGACACACAAAAGCAGAGAAUCUUAAAAACCAGAGACCCAAAACAGCCCACUGUGAGAAUCCUCAGACCCUCAGACAGUGAUCUCUCUGGAGGCAAAAUUUCCAGCCUUGUUUGCUUUAUCAGUGAUUUCUUCCCUUCUGAUAUCUUAGUAGAGUGGAAGCUAAAUGGAAAGCAGCUUAGCAGGUCUCAGUUUUCUAACAGCCCUCUGGUUGCACUCUCUUCAGGAGGUUUUUCAAUGCAUAGUGCUCUAAUUUUACCUGGAGAGCAGCAAAAGGAUGGCAUCUACUCUUGUGAAGUUUCUCAUGAGUCUUCCCAAAAACCAAUCAAUGCCACUUUGGAGAACUUGUAUGCAUCCUUGCACCAUUCUGCUCCAUCUGCAGAGCUGCUACAGGGUGCUGAUGGGCUAAUGUGUCUGGUGUCGGGUUUUAGUCCAUCUUCCAUCAAUAUAACUUGGUUUAUGGGAAUGACUGAAAUGUCUGAGCAGAACAAGACCAAACUUGCAAAAUACCCUGAUGGAAAAUUUCUAAUCCAAAGUCACCUGCCUCUCAAGCCUUCAGAUUGGGCUCCUGGUGAGGUGUACACAUGCAGGGUCACUCAUGUUACUGGCACUCAGUGGUUUAACAUCUCGAAAAAUUCAGUAAUUUCCGAAGAGGCUAUAUUUAUGAAUGAAAUUAAACCUGAAUUUAUUCCUCAAGAUACCGUUGGAGAGGUCUGGAAUAUGGCUUGUGCCUUUCUCAUCCUUUUCCUUCUCGCUCUUGUCUAUGGAUGCACAGUCACUUUGGUCAAAGUGAAGUCUGAAUGAGCAACAUUUUAUGUGUGUAUGUGUAUAUGUGUGUGUUUCCUGAAUACACUUUAAAACUUUUUUUCUUUUGAAAAUAUGGUAAAAAUGUCUUACUAGUUAUUAAUUAAAUAUUUUAUACUAACAUGGACUAACAAUGUAUUCGUAUAACAGGGAAUUUCUAAUGUUUUUGUCUGGAAUUUUUCUCCUAUUCAAAGAGGCUAUUUAUUAUAAAUUAUAUUAUUAUGAAUAUAUAUUGCACAAGAUAAAGUUGGAGAGGUCUGGAAUAUGUGUCCUGAUCAUUCUACAAACUGAAGCCAAAUUUUUAUGUGUGUGUUUUAAAUUAUUUUGCUUUUUGUUCAACAUUUGAUAGCUUCGCAAAUGUUAAAUGGUAAGUAUUAAUUUUUGAUCUUUUGAUCUUGUGAACAUUUAUUCUCUCUCUCUCUCUCUCUCUCUCUCUCUCUCUCUCUCUCUCUCUCUCUCUC